AUGAUAAUCUACAAACCCAAUGACCUCCACUGGCUCUCUGGAAUGACUUCUUUGCAUCAUCUUGACUUGAGUGGAGGGAACCUUUCCAAAGUGCAUGGUUGGCUUCAUGACAUUAACAGUGUGCUCCCCUCACUACGUGUGUUGAAACUUUCUAAUGCUGAACUUCAAGGUGGUGGCAUUUAUGCUACUACUGAUCUGCCUCAUUAUCUCAACUUCACAUCUCUUCGUGUGCUUGAUCUCUCUCACAAUUAUGGCCUGAACAUCACUCUACCUCAAUGGUUGUUCAAUCUCACUAGCCUUGUUUAUCUUGAUCUUUCAAGUUGUGCUUUGUAUGGCAAGUUACCAGUCACAGUUGGUAACUUGAGUCGUUUGAGAGUCUUCAGCUUGUCUGGUAACUCUUUUAAUGGAGUUAUUCCAGAGUCCUUGGGAAAUCUUGGUAUCUUGGAGAAACUAGAUUUGUCACUAAAUAAAUUCAUUGGAAGCAUUCCGGAAUCUCUGAGCAAUCUUACAAGUUUAGUGUACUUUGAUUUGUCUAAUAAUAAGAUUGGAAAGUUGCCAGAGAGCAUCGGGAGGCUGCAGAAGUUGGUGGAGUUUUAUUUGUCCAAUAACCAAAUUCAGGGAUUGAUGCCUGCAAGCAUUGGGGACCUGAGAAACCUGCAAUAUUUGGAUUUGUACUGGAAUAUGAUCAGUGGACCGAUUCCGGAAUCCUUUGGAAAUCUUGUUCACCUUCAAGAUCUAGAUUUGCCUCAAAAUGCAAUAAGUGGAAAGUUACCAGAGAGCUUUGGAAAUCUUAGCCAAUUGCAGCACUUGAACAUGCAGGGCAAUGGCAUCACAGGGGGAUUACCAGAAUAUGUAAGAAAGCUUCCUAGUUUGUUGGGGCUUGAUUUAUCCAACAACAACAUCAACGGAACAUUGCCAAAAUUCAUGGGGACCUUAUGCAAGUUACAGGUCUUGGAUUUAACAAGCAAUAUGAUCAGUGGAGGCAUUGAUGGCCUUGUUGAUGGAUUGUCUAAAUGCAGGGACGGUCUAAGUACAUUGAAUCUGGGAAACAACAUGCUGAAUGGAACAAUUCCAGAGAACAUAGGCAGAUUAUCUAAACUGAAUCAACUGAAUCUCUCUUCAAAUUCUUUGAUGGGUGUCUUAACUGAAUCUCAUUUUUCUAAUCUUAUAAAUUUGAGAUAUUUGGACUUGUCCUACAACUCAUUGCAAUUGAAUGUAAGUGAGAAUUGGAAGCCUCCUUUUGAUUGUUGGCUCAUCAGAAUGUGUUCUGUCAAAGUAGGCCCUGUUUUUCCCACUUGGAUAAAAACUCAGACAUAUUUGAGUCACCUUUGCCUAUCAGAUGCUGGAAUUUCAGGCAAACUCCCUGCAUGGUUUGGAUAUCUAAUUCCCUUUUAUAGCUAUUUUCUCAAUCUAUCAAAUAAUAAUUUGGAGGGGAGGCCACCAACUUCUAUGAAAAAUUACACUAUCUCUAUCAUAGAUUUGAGUUCAAACAGAUUUGAAGGCCCAUUACCUGAGCUUGAUCCAGUCAGUUUACGUGUUAUCUAUCUCAACAACAACUCAUUCUCUGGGUCUAUUCCUUCUUACUUUGCUAAUGCUACUUUUAUUCAAAUUUUCUCUGUAUCUAAUAAUCAUAUCAAUGGCAGUAUUCCAUUGUUCUUCUGUAACCUUACUACCUUGGAAUUGCUUGAUAUAUCUAAUAAUGAUAUGUAUGGAGGACUUCCCAAUUGCUGGAAUUCAACAUCAGCAUUGAAAAUUAUUAAUUUAUCUGACAAUAAUUUCAUUGGUAAAAUUCCUAAUGGCCUUGUGUCCUUGACCAAUCUCCGAUCCUUACAUUUGAGGAACAAUGACUUCUCUGGAGAUCUCCCCUUGUCCUUGAAAAUGGCCAAAAAGUUGGUCACUCUUGACAUUAGUGAGAACAAACUCUCAGGUAGCAUACCAAUAUGGAUAGGAGAAGACCUUUCAUCUUUAAUUGUGCUUUGCUUGAGAUCAAAUUUAUUCCAUGGCAUCAUUCUAGAGCAAUUAUGA